AGAGCGUCCAGUGGGUAUAAAGGACAGAAAUCAGCGGCAGUUUUUAUUGCGGAAGCUGCGGACGGAAGAACCAUAAACACCUGGAGAACACGUUUAUCCUUUAUCUAAUUCAGCCUUUACACAGUUUAACUUCUCUCUCUCUGGCUUGUGUCUGGAAAUCUGCUGCUGCUGCUUUUCUGCUUCAUCUAAACAUCAGGAAGCUGUUGUUUUUCGUCGCUUUUUUCAUUCAUUUGAACCUCUGUAGGUGCUCUUCAGUGUGAAACCGGUCGGUUGACUUUCCACCCGGCUGUUCUGUUGCUGCUCGAGGACGUCCGCUAACACCGAAGCUGCACCGCCAGCUGCCCCGGGCCCCUUCGCGCUCAACCCCUGCGCUAUGAGCAGAGGUAGAGGAGGGCCUCCCCGAGAACACUACUACAGACACCCGUCACCUCAUUUACAGGCCAAGGAGAGCUACUACAGCCCUGGCCCGGCCCCACGCUUCCCCAGAGCCGGCCCACAGCAGAUCCCACAUCCAGGUUACUACAGCGGUCCCGCCCACCCUGUAGCGCCCUCACAGCCACCGUCUAUCAUCCCCUCCGCUCCCCCGAUACCAGCCCACCUUAAAGACUUCCCUAAAUCCGUGGGCGCACAUAACCUGAAUCAACCCGCCCAUCCACAAGCGCCCAAUUCCUUCAUUUACAAGCAGGCGGAAUUCCUCAGAGGACAGACUUCUGAGGCGCCGCAGUUCAGAGCCGGACCUCGAGGAGGAGGAGGAGGAGGAGGAGGAGGGUCGUUGGUGCCAGGCUGGCCGCCGAGUUCUCCAUACCAGUCCCAGUCAGGGUACGGCAGGUAUCCAAGCAGCAGCAGCAGCUCCGGUAGAGGUAGAGGAGGCUACGGCCAAGAUCAGAGCUUCACAGGAGCCUCCAGAGGGCCUCGACACCUGAAUCAGAGCCAGCAGCACGGUCCAAACCGCAGCCAGUACGCAAACAGACAAUGGACCGACCCGCUGUGUGACGAUUUUCAGGGUCUGUCUCUUCAUCAAGACGGAAGAGGCGACAGAUUCGACAGACACUCUUCCAGUUUUACUAAAGCGAGCAUCACCCUCACCCCGGCCAUACAGGAGCAGGUUCACAGGACGCUGAAGCCAACCGAGAGCGUCUCCGCUAAAGUGUUGGCCAGGAAGCUGCACCUGCCCAAGACGAUAGUGAACAAGGCUCUGUACUCUUUGGAGCGCUUGGAGAAAGCCUCCAAGCGAGGAGUCACCCCUCCGGAGUGGACUCUGUUCAGAGAACCUCUUAGAAGCGAAGAAGAACUGAACUUCAGACCUUCAAAUCUGCGAGUCACUUUCAAGACGCCUCUAAAAUCUGAAGUCAAGCCGGAAACAGGAAACAGCGUCCAAUCCAGAGAAGAAGAUUCGGAUACAGAAUCCAGUGUUUCCUUUAGCUCCUCUUCAGAAUCGGACGCCUCUGAGGAACCCAAGACACCAACAGAAGGUCAGCACCACGAGAAUCCCAGCACUCCCAGCUUCCCCAGCUCCACCAGCUCCCCCGACCAGGAGCUCAAAGCUGCUAUGAUGACGGACCAGAAGGAGCUCGUCCUGAAAUACCUGCUGGAUUCAGGGGAGGCGACAGCUCUCGUCAUCGCAAAGAACCUGGGUCUGCGGACCGCCAAGCAGGUCAAUCCCACCCUGUACGCCCUGGAGAAGCAGGGCGAGGUCACCAAGAAUGGAGACGUCAACCCUCCCACGUGGGAGCUCUCGAACCGCCGCCGGGAGAGGAUGCAGAGGAGCCUCAAAGCCGCUCAGAGCGCCUCGGCUCUGGGCGAGAAGAUGGAGGAGGAGCCCAGCAGAGACGAGAGGGCAGGAGGGUCGCCUCCAGCAGAGGUCCCAGGCCUGGAGUCCAUCCCGCUGCUGGGGGGCUGGAUGCCAGAGCAGACUCACGGUGAAGCGCAGCCUUCUUUUCCCUCAUGUAAAGAUGAAGAGACCAACGAGGGACAGUGGGCCACCGACGACAUCCCAGAAUUCCUCAACGCCAUUCGCAGAGAGACCGACGCUGAGAAACUGGCGGCGGAGCGGGCCAACGCCGUGGGAACGGUCGCCGUGUCGCUGGCCGCCCCGCCGCCUCAGAACCUGUGGGCCAAACUGCAGGAGGUGAGGCUGAAGAACCCGGUCAGCGGCCUCAUGGAGUACGCCCAGUAUCUGGGCCACAACUGCGAGUUCCUGCUCCUCGACCAAUCGGGACCCUCCCACGACCCGAGAUUCCGUAUGCAGGUGAUGCUCAACAAGAGGCUGUUUCCCAUCGCGGAAGCUUCCAGCAAGAAGGUGGCGAAGAAGGAUGCGGCUGCUGCGACGCUUCGCAUCCUCAACGGGGAGAUGCAGGGAGGGUCGGCCAAUGAGGAGAACACUGCCAGCGUGGACCAAACGGGAGAUUUACUUCCAGAUACCAGUGGCGCCGUCGAUAACAGCGGCGUUGAAGGGAUGACGGAGGGACCUCGCCAGCCUCUGUCCCGAUCUCUGCCCGGUGGGAAGAACCCGGUGUCCGUCCUGAUGGAGUACAGCCAGCGCAGCGGGAACCCCAUCGAGUUCAUCAUCACCGGGCAGGCAGGACCGCCACACGACCCGAGGUUCAUGUACAGGGUGAAGGUGGGAGAAAACCUGUUUGCAGAAGCUUCAGCUCCGAGCAAGAAGGCAGCUCGCCAGCUGGCAGCGGAGGAGGCUGUCAAGGAGCUAAUGGCUGAUGGGAGGCUGCAGCUCAACAAGCCUCAGUUGCCCCUGGGCUCCUCCAGUGACAGCGAUAGCGGAGCUUCGGGGACAACCUGCCCCUCGUUGCCUCCUCUGACUGCAGACGAGCUGCGAGCCGCCCACGAGGCCGGGGUCGGAGACCUCAUCAACCACCUGAACAACAACGCCGUGUCGGGGCUGCUGGAGUACGCCAGAGCUCGAGGCUUCGCCGCUGAGAUCCGCCUGGUGGGACAGUCAGGACCGCCGCACGAACCAAAGUUCACCUACCAGGCCAAGCUGGGCGGACGCUGGUUCCCUCCAGUCUGUGCGUCCAAUAAGAAGCAGGGGAAGCAGGAAGCUGCAGACGCCGCUCUGCGGGUUCUGAUUGGAGAAGCUGAGAGGGCGGCUCGAACCGGGGAGCUCAUCCCAGCAGAGCUUCCAGUGAGCGGCAGCACUCUGCACGACCAGAUAGCGAUGCUGAGCCACCAGCGGUUCAACUCUCUGACCACCCGGAUCCAACACAGCCUUCUGGGUCGCAAGAUCCUGGCCACCAUCGUCAUGAGGAGAGGCGAGGGCCUGGGCACCGUCGUCAGCCUCGGAACUGGAAAUCGCUGCGUUAAAGGGGAGGAGCUGAGCCUUAAAGGGGAGACGGUUAACGACUGCCAUGCCGAAAUCAUCUCCAGGAGGGGAUUUGUUCGGUUUCUGUACAACGAGCUUCUCAAGCACUGCGACGGCACAGACGACGGUAUAUUCGAGCCGGCCGAGAACAGCAAACUGCGGAUCAAAUCUGACAUCACCUUUCACCUCUACAUCAGCACGGCACCUUGUGGGGACGGCGCUCUGUUCGAUAAAUCCUGCAGUGAAGCCGGAGAUGAAGUCGAGGGUCACCAGCCUCUGUUUGAAAACGCUAAGCAGGGGAAGCUUCGCACUAAAGUGGAGAACGGUGAGGGAACCAUCCCAGUGGAAUCCAGCGCCAUCGUUCCCACCUGGGACGGCAUCCAGCACGGCGAGAGGCUUCGGACGAUGAGCUGCAGCGACAAGAUCCUCCGCUGGAACGUUUUGGGCCUGCAGGGGGCGCUGCUCUCCAACUUCCUGCACCCCAUCUACCUGAAGUCCAUCACGCUCGGUUACCUGUACAGCCACGGUCACCUGACUCGUGCUGUUUGCUGUCGGCUGGCCAGAGACGGCGAGGCAUUUGCCCAGAGCCUCCCUUCUCCUUUCAAGCUGAACCACCCCGAGGUGGGCAGGGUGAGCGUCUACGACUCGACACGUCACACAGGAAAAACCAAGGAGUCCAGCGUGAACUGGAGCUUCCCAGAUCAGCACAGCGUGGAGGUGCUGGACGGGACCAAAGGACAACUCGAUGGGAACAAACUGGCCGUGUCCCGGGUGUCCAAGUCCAACCUGUUCUGCCUGUUCCGCUCGCUGUGCCAACGCUUCGGCCGGACCGACCUCCUCUCGCUGCCCUCCUACGCUCAGGCCAAGAUGGCGGCCUUGUCCUUCCAGCACGCCAAGCAUCAGUUCUUCCGGGCGCUCAGCGACCACGGCUACGGAGCCUGGAUCGGAAAACCGCUGGAGGAGAAGAGCUUCGAGGCCGACGAGGGCAACAACGGCUCGAACCUCCACGGCGGAUGCGGGAACAGUAGAAACGGAGGAGCGAUGGAGUUCAAGCAGGAGGAGCUUCAGUAGCAGAGAGCAGGAAAAAGCACAAAGCAUAUAAAGGAAAAGGACAAUCAAACUGAAUGCGAACACAUGGCUAACGGCUGCCGAGGAGGAGCGAUGGAACAGGACAGGACGAGUGGAGGGCGAACCCUGGAGGCAGGUACAGAACAUCGCAAACACUAAACAGGAAUCAGAUUGAAGUGGGACGCUGCUUUAGUGUCCUCAACGGUUAGCGUCCUUUCUACUGUUUCUUUCAUCGUCGUUUUUCCACUCUUUCACCACCAAACAAAUCCAGAUCGUUUGGCCUGUUUUCUGCUCGCCACAUUUGCGAUUCAAGGUUUUUAUUUUCCGCUCCCCGCUGCAUGGAAAUCAAAAAGGACGUCGAGCCGAAACGACGGAAAAUCGCACUGACCUUCCUUUAGACGUCAACUCUGAGAUCAGUCGCUGUGCGUAAACUCUUGUACUGUACAGAGGAACAACUUGUGUUGCCAGUCGGGCUUUUCUCAGUUAAACUAGCUGUAAAAAUAAAAACAAAAAGAGCCACCCGCAGUCUGUCCACAUGUUGUUGCCAUGGUUUCAGCGUAGCGUCGGUCAGUGCGGCCCUUCCAACUGUCCCAUCAUUCGUCUGUGCUUUCCAGCUUUUAUGUAGAAUUACUGAUGUCACCACCUCCAAGAAGAAGAAGUACAAUACCGUGUGUGUGCUUUUGUCGUUUCGUCGUGUCUUUUUUCUUUUCUUCUUCUGUUCUGUCAAAUCGGUCGUCAGGAGCUCACUGUGCCGCCGAGUCCCGGGAAGCCUCGACUGUCCUACCUGCUUCGUUUUUCAUUGUACAUCUUUUAAAAGAAAAAAAUAAAGGCUCCCGGGUUCGUUCUGCUGCACGGUUCACUCACUGAGGACGGUUCUGUUCUUUGACGGACAGGAGAAUGACUUGUCGUUGAUUUGGACGGAUGAUGCAAUAUAUACAUGAAGUAUACACAGAUACAUGAACACACAGGUGUGCAGUGGAGUCCCAAAGUCUGAUCAUUUCUUUCUUUAAAACUGUUUUUUGCAUUUUUUCUUUUAAGACCGUGUGAACGUGCUUUUUUAAAACUUUUUAAUCGAGCUGCAACGGUUAAUUAAUUAAUGUCGACUACAGUUGUUUUGGUGUUUUGAUUAAUCAGUUUUAUUUUUUUUUUAAAGAAAAGGUCUUUCUUUACUCUUCUAGGACAGCAAACUGACUAUUUUUUAUUCUGUGUGACAGAAGACAUUCAUAGGUGUCACUUUGGUGCUUCGGAAACGACACUUUUCACGGUUUUCUGGUAUUUUUUUCAGACCAAACUAAUCGAUUCACGAAGAGAAGCUAUGCAAGUCAGCAGCACACUGUAACACAUGAGAUGGUUUGAUGGAGGCGGUUUUGUUUCGACUGAAAAUAAAUCUUUUAUUUCCACGGGCGGGAGUUAAAGGUGAUCUGUGGACAAUACACAGCUGUAAUAUCCAUUAAAAAAUAUACAUACUGUGGAUAAGAACUCGAUAUAUUAUGCACAUAAGAGAUAGACUUCAUGAAAAAGCAAUACAGACAGUUUUUGUUGCAUUUUUUACUCAUUUUUAUUUGUCAUUUCUUCAAUAAAAGGCUUUAAAAAAACAAAACAAGAAAUGUUGUAUUUGUGUGUCCGUUAGAACGUGCAGACUUCUGGACUCCAUUGUGCAGCCAAAAGGAUAUUUGACUAUACCACUGUAAAUACAGUACGCCUGUGUGUGUCUCUGUGUGUGUGUGUGUAUUUGUGUAGGUUUAAUGUAUAUAUUUUGUAAAUCAUCAAAAGUUUCUUUUCUAUUCUUUUCUCUUUUUUGUUCCUGGUGUUUUGAUUAAAUUGCAAAUGGAAUACGCUGUUUGUUUUUUUUACCAAUAAAUUUUGAAAAAUAAAAUGA